UCUAAUUGCCGCUAAUAGGGGAGGGAGAGAGCUUAAAAUUAAAAUUAAAAUGCUUCCCCCUUAAUUGUACCACUCCUCUGUUCAUAGUGUUCCCUAAGAUUUUAACCAAAAAACUCAUCUUUCACUCAUAAUCCUUAGCAUCCAAACGCAGCGAUUUUAGGGUUAGGUUUCUGUUUGAUCAUCUGCUUCUUCAUCUUUCUUUAUUUUUAUGAUUAAAUUUGUGAUCAUGUAGUUCUCUUUCUCAGACUACCCUGCUUUCCCCUAGGGUUUGCUUUUUUCUCCAUCUCUACAAUUGAGAGAGGAGAUAACCAACCUCCUCUCUCUCUCUCUGAACUUGUUCUGUACAAUCUCACUUUGCUUUGUUAUGAAUGAAAUUGGUUUUCACAAAUUCAAGUGGUUUCUCUCUCUCUAUCUUUCUGGCACUCUGAAAUUCACUCUUGCAAUACACAGAUGGGUUGUUUUUCUUGCCUGACUGUUCGCCGAAAGGAUGUCAGGAAUGUUGACGACGAUUCCGCCACUCGCUCUGCUGAGUCUUCAGUUUGUGGGAGGGCAAACCCACAUGCCAGUGCUACUGAACAUGGGAGUCGAACAAGUACUUUGAGCGGUAGAGGCAGGGUAAGUGGUAGCCAAAAGGCCAAUGCGGCACGUAGCUUCACAUUCCGUGAGCUUGCCGCAGCAACAAGAAACUUUAGGGAGGUUAAUUUGAUUGGGGAAGGGGGUUUUGGAAGGGUUUUCAAGGGCUGCCUAGAAUCAACGCAUAUUGUUGCAAUCAAACAACUUAAUCUCAAUGGGGUCCAAGGGAACCAGGAAUUUAUUGUGGAGGUUCUUAUGUUGAGUCUAUUGCACCACCCCAACCUUGUUACCUUGAUUGGCUAUUGUACUGAUGGAGAUCAAAGACUUUUGGUUUAUGAGUACAUGCAGAUGGGUAGCUUGGAGGAUCAUCUUUUUGAUAUUGAACCUGAUAAAGAGCCACUGAGUUGGAGCACACGAAUAAAGAUUGCUGUUGGUGCAGCGCGGGGCCUCGAGUAUCUUCAUUGCAAAGCAAAUCCACCAGUUAUUUACCGCGACUUGAAAUCUGCAAAUAUAUUGUUGGAUGAAAAUUUCAAUCCUAAGCUCUCAGAUUUUGGUCUUGCUAAACUGGGUCCUGUGGGAGACAAUACUCAUGUUUCAACCCGAGUAAUGGGAACAUACGGGUAUUGUGCCCCGGAGUAUGCCAUGAGUGGUAAACUAACUCUAAAGUCUGACAUCUAUAGCUUUGGUGUCGUUCUGUUGGAACUGAUCACUGGGCGUAAGGUGAUUGAUGCCACUAAAAAGCCAGGAGAGCAGAACCUUGUUACUUGGUCUCGUGCUUUCUUAAAGGACAGGAAGAAGUUUGUUCAGCUGGUUGAUCCCCUUCUACAAGGACACUUUCCUGUCCGUGGUUUACAACACGCAGUUGCCAUUGCUGCAAUGUGUCUUCAGGAUCAAGCAAAUUUCCGCCCCCUCAUUGGUGACAUUGUUGUAGCACUUGAGUACUUGGCCUCUCAAACAAAUAAAGAGUCUCAGAGAGGUGUGCCCCGCUCUCCCCAAUCACCAUCACCUUUGCAGCGGAACAAUGGCUCAUUUUCUUGAGAAUGAGAUUUUGGAAGCUUUUUUUUCUUUAUCUGAAGGUGGUUGGUGCAAGUUAUUGUAUCACUGUGUUCACUAGAAGGCACCAACCCUCUACAUACUGGGAUUUUGCAUAAUUUGGUUUCAGAAGGCUAUGUAUAGCAUGAAGAAUCAAAGAAAAGAGUCAGUCUUCUGGUGGAAGCAUGAGGUAUGAAGAGCUCUGUAUAUAUCUAUGCUUUUGCGCUCAUUGACAUUCAAGAGGAGGACAAAAGAUGCCGUUUGUCCUAUUUUUCUUACUGACAUGCCAUCUGUCUGUAUAUUUGCUGCCAAAAAAAUUUGUUCAAAUUAGCGGGAUGAAAAACAACAGAUUUGAAACUAUUUUGGACCUUCUGUGUAACCUUUUUGAUGGAAGAUUACUGUUAUAUAUAUAUAUAUAUAUAUUCAAAAAAACUAGGGUGUUCAUUUUAGCACUAACAAA